UGCAGCAUCUCUCUCUAUCAAGCUGCCAGAAAAAAAGUCAUGCGCUUGUCUAUUACCCAGCGAUGUUUUCGAGCUACAAUUUGAACACACGUGGAAAGUUUUAUAGCAAGUGGAAGUAGGAACGGUUCAUUUUCCUCAAGUUUUGCGAUGGGAUCGAAGUCAAAAUGCUACAAGUGUAGCAAACCAGGACAUUUUGCGAAGGAAUGUAGGUCUGCCUCAGAGAACAGAAGUGGCAGUGGGGCGAGUUUUGGAGACAGAAGCUGUUACAUUUGUGGAGAAACUGGACAUAUAUCCAAAAGCUGCAGCAAAAAGAGUGAUGAGUGCUAUUCAUGUGGUCAAAAGGGUCAUAUGCAGAGAGACUGUCCAGAGAAUACGGAUGGCAAGAGAGAGUGCUACAAUUGUGGAAAAAUAGGUCACUUUGUCAGAGAUUGUCCAAUGUCUGAAGAUAAAGGGAUAGAUUCUGAAACUGGCUGCUACAAGUGUGGUAGGGAGGGCCAUUUUGCACGGGACUGUGGUACAAAAUGCUACCGUUGUGGAAAGACAGGCCAUUUUGCACGCGACUGUUCCUUGGAUGCAACAACGGUUUGCUACAAGUGUAAUAAACCAGGCCAUUUUGCUCGUGAUUGUACAUCUGAAAGCCAGUCCUGUUACAACUGUGGCCAACAAGGCCACUUGAAGCGGGACUGCACACAGAAGGUUCAAAAUGAUGUGAAAUGUUACCGUUGUAAUGAGACUGGACACUAUGCACGGGAUUGCACAACUGAGUAACGAAACAGGACCUAAAGUGUUAAUUCUGAACUGAACUCUCCCCACUUAGUUAUUUGAGGCUAGUAAAACCCUAAUUACUCAAGUUUAAACUUAGUUUGGGUCAAGAAUCUGUUAAAAUUAGUUCUCUACAGGUUAAAGUGUAUAUGCUUAUUGGUAAUGAUGAUCAGUUCCAUUGCCAUUUUAGAGGCUUUUUUCCCUCCAUUUGAGUGCUUUGUGUUCCACUCUGUACAACACAUGAAAGUGAUCAGUGACACUUGAGGAACAUUGCAAUAGCUGAAAGCUUGAAAGUAGGUAGUUUCCUCUUUUUUAGCAAACCUUCAUUUCUUAUCUACCUUAACUUAUUGUCUGUGUAGUUUUACAAUGCCUUGUUUGAUAAUAAGUUCAAUUGAAUUGUUAGAAGAAUCGUUAUAUGUAUGUAAGUUGUUUCAAAUUGUAAUUGGACUGGUUUGAAUAUGAAUGAAAAUUGGUGUCUUUUUUUAUUGUA